CCCAAAUCACAAACUAACCGAAACAACCGAAAAAUAAAAAAAAACCAAAACAAAUUUUCUAAUGUGUGAAGCCCUGAAAAACGCCUACCAACUGUUGGAAGAAAUCGGCCGUGGUCGCUUCGGCACCAUUUUCCGAGCUUUCUGUCCUGACUCCGAUGAAUUCGUCGCCUGCAAGAUCAUAGACAAGGCCCUCCUCACCGAUGAAACCGACCGUGCUUGUCUCGAAAAAGAGCCCAAGAUUAUGACCCUUUUGGCUCCUCAUCCCAACAUCCUCAGAAUCUUCGACGUCUUCGAAGACGAAGACUCUCUCACCAUUGUCCUCGAGCUUUGUCAGUCUGUUACCCUCUACGACCGUAUCAUCAACCGUACUGUCUCCGAACCCGAAGCCGCUUCUCUUAUCAAACAGCUUCUCAGCGCCCUUUCGCAUUGCCAUCAUCUCGGUGUUGUUCACAGAGACAUUAAGCCUGAGAACGUUCUGUUUGAUUCGAGGAAUAAUUUGAAGCUUGCGGAUUUUGGGUCAGCUGAGUGGCUCAGUGAAAGUGGAUCUAUGGAAGGUGUGGUGGGUACGCCAUAUUAUGUGGCUCCGGAGGUUUUGUUGGGUAGAGAUUACGAUGAAAAGGUGGAUAUUUGGAGUGUUGGUGUUAUUUUGUACAUAAUGCUUUCUGGGAUUCCUCCGUUUUACGGUGAAUCGGCAACGGAGAUCUUCGAAGCUGUUUUGAGAGGAAAUUUGAGGUUUCCGACCAGGGUUUUCCGGUCUGUUUCGCCGGCGGCCAAAGAUCUGUUGAGGAAGAUGAUCUGUAGGGAUGCUUCCAGAAGACUAUCUGCGGAACAAGCACUGAGGCAUCCAUGGAUCUUAAGUGGAGGAGAGACAAAUUCUAUGGACUAGAAGACUGGAUCUGCAGCAAACAAGUAUAACCAGUUUUUUUAGCGUUGUAAAUAUAUGAUAAUAUAUAUCCCUGCCUUCUAUGACUCCCUUUGAGAUACCACUACCUCUCUCAUGGAUUCAAGAAACCAAUUUUCCCACUUAAGACAGAAGAUCCACAGGAGGGUCUUCGAUAGUUAUUUAGUUUUUGUUUCCUUAAUGUUUUCGGAUGAAAAAUAAGAGAUUGUACAUAUUGCGGUUGAGAAUCCUGUCUUUCCCCGCCUUUUUCUUUUUGAGUUAUAGAAGGGGACUAGGAAGUGAGAAAGCAAAAACAAAAAAAAGGAAAUUACUAUAUAUGUUUCUGCUAUGUAUAAAACUUUAUCUGCUUUUCUGAGUUAUCACUUAUCAGUCAUGUUUUGUACAUGGAAAUAUGGUGGAAAUAUAAAUAUGCUUUAACUUUGGAAUC